AUGGCCCUGCUGCUCAGGCCCUCUCUGCCGCCCACCCCUGGGUCUGAGCCCAAGAAGCAGCCUAGAGGAAUUCCUCCUGUCCUUCUCUGCACAACUUUGCAGAUGUGGAAGAGGCUGUGUGGUCGGAUGCAGUGCAGACUCUGGCCUCCAAGCCCACCCGCUCCACAGCCUCUCCCCAUGUGGCUGCGGAGCCCUGCAUGCCUCCCCUUCCCUGCAGCCCUGCUGGGCUUCCUCAUGUCCACACUCGCUCAUCCUGGACAGGAGGCAGCUAGGCCUCCAGACAGCCCCAUAGCAGAAGCAGCAAAAUGCCGAGUGGAAAGACUUUCCAUGGCCUUAGAGAAACGACAGAACAUUGACCGCUGCGCUGGCGUGGGCGUGUUAGAAGCCCCAGGUGGUGGCCGAUGGGGUGUAAGGGCCUUCGGGCAUCAUGAGCUGGGCACUGGCUGGUGUCUGAUGGGGUGGAAGAGCCUGCAGUGUCCUGAGCCGGGCGCUGGCGGGUGUCUGGUGGGGUGGAGGAGACUGUGGGCAGCGCGAGCCUGGCGCUGGCGGGUGUCUGCGCGAGCCUGGCGCUGGCGGGUGUCUGGUGGGGUGGAGGAGACUGUGGGCAGCGCGAGCCUGGCGCUGGCGGGUGUUUGCUGUGCCGUUGCUGUCAUCAUCCGCGUCAGAAAGCGGAGGCAGUGGUGGACUCUGAAUUCUCCGGGAGCUGCCGGUUCUUUAGCGGAGAGCGGGGUGGCUUUGUCUUUGGGGGUGACAUGUGUGUGUGUCUGUGCUUUUGCAGUGUGUGACAUUCCUCUGCAUGACAUUUGUGACUACAACGUCUCCAGGGACCGAUGCAAGGAGCUCGGGUGCUGCUUCUACAAAGGCGUCUGCUACGAGAAAGCAGUUCCCAUUUACGUCCACGUGUUCUCCGCCUUGAUUGUGAUCGUCGCUGGGGCCUUCGUCAUCACCAUCAUCUACAGAGUCGUUCAGGAGAGCAGGAGACAAAGGGCCGUCCCUACGGAUGUCGCGCUGCCACACAAGUCCAGCAAAAAGGCGAAGGUGACCUCAUCUAGCAGCAAAUUAGGGCUGAAGGCUCCGAGUCCUGGGCCUCCAAGUGCUCGGCCCUCAAUGAAGACUGACAUAGACAAGGAUGAUGUAACAGUGACAAUAGCAGAAACCGAAGAAACUGAGGACUGACUGAAACGCAUGAAGAAGUGGAGAUUGGCAGAAUUAUCCAAAUGAAAUGGUACAGCAGGUGCACUGUUAACAGUGUGAUGGAAUGACCACCCAAUGAGAAAAAAAUAAAGGUAUUUUGAAAAUU